AUGUUAACCGACAGAAUUUGUUGAUAUGCAGGCUAAUCCACCAGACCCUAAAACAUUUCCUUUCAUAUUACUGGGGAACAAGAUUGAUAUAGAUGGGGGAAAUAGCAGAGUGGUUUCUGAGAAGAAAGCAAAGGAAUGGUGUGCUUCAAAAGGGAUACCUUACUUUGAGACAUCAGCAAAAGAGGAUAUAAAUGUUGAUGCUGCAUUCUUGUCUAUUGCAAAAACUGCUUUGGCCAAUGAACACGAGCAAGAUAUAUACUUCCAGGGCAUUCCGGAGGCAGUUUCAGAGACGGAGCAAAGAGGUGGUUGUGCAUGUUAAGGUGGAUGAAGCAAUUUCAUUGAGUGCUAUAUGUAAUCGCUGUUGUUGCCUAUUUUUCCUGCAACAGUAUCGUUACUCUCAGGCCGUAACCAUUCUUUUGUACCCAUUACUACAUAACUCUUCACUUAAGAUUGCAUAUUCUAUUGAUUCCCUCAGUGUUGUUUUGGAAAGAAAUACAUCUUUGUCACAUCCAGAUACUGGAGGUAUAGGAACUCAGGAAUGUCUCCUUGUAUUGCAGUUGGCUCUGAGAAAGAUUCUAAUUGUGCAUUUUGCCGUACCCUGGGUGGUUGGAUUUUAUUGUAUACUCUGAAAACUGUAUUUUUCUACAUCUACGUAUAACAAUGAGUUGGAUUGGUAACUGUUA